CGGAGCAGGCGGAGGGCGCGCGGCCGGCUGCGGUUGGGCGGGUCCGGUCCGGCGGGGUCCCUGGCGUCGCCGUGGGCGCCUGGUAGGCUCGGCCCUGCUCACCUUGCUUCCCCUCUCCCGGUCCCCGUCCCCGUCCCUGGCUCCUCGGGCUGCGGACUCCGGACUCGCGGGGACCCCGCGCGGAGACAGGCGGCAGGGAGCGCGUAACUCGGUGGCACCAUGUGUGGCAUCUGGGCCCUGUUUGGCAGCGACGACUGCCUGGCCGUGCAGUGUCUGAGUGCCAUGAAGAUCGCACACCGGGGCCCAGACGCGUUCCGCUUUGAGAAUGUCAAUGGCUACACCAACUGCUGCUUUGCGUUUCACCGGCUGGCGGUGGUGGAUCCUCUGUUUGGAAUGCAGCCCAUUCGACUGAGGAAAUAUCCUUCUUUGUGGCUCUGUUACAAUGGUGAAAUCUACAACCACCGGGCGCUGCAACAAUACUUUGAGUUUGAAUACCAGACCAAUGUGGAUGGAGAGAUCAUUCUUCAUCUGUAUAACAAAGGAGGGAUUGAGCAAACAGUUCGCAUGUUGGAUGGGGUGUUUGCCUUUAUUUUACUGGACACUGCCAAUAAGAAAGUAUUCUUGGGCAGAGACACGUAUGGCGUCAGACCUAUGUUCAGAGUCUUGACAGAAGAUGGAUUUCUGGCUGUGUGUUCUGAAGCUAAAGGUCUUGUUACACUGAAGCACUCCACAGCUCCAUUUUUAAAAGUGGAGCCUUUUCCUCCGGGACACUAUGAGGUUUUGGAUUUAAAGCCCAAUGGCAAGGUGACAUCUGUGGAAAUGGUUAAAUUUCAUCACUGUACUGACGAGCCUGCCCAUGCCUGCCAUGACGGUGUGGAGAAACUCUUUCCAGGUUUUGAGCUGGAAACUGUGAAGAGCAACCUGCGUAUCCUUUUCAACAACGCUGUUAAGAAGCGUUUGAUGACAGACAGAAGGAUCGGCUGCCUUUUGUCAGGGGGCUUGGACUCCAGCUUGGUUGCUGCCACUCUGUUGAAGCAACUGAAGGAGGCCCAAGUGCAGUAUCCUCUGCAGACAUUUGCCAUCGGCAUGGAGGACAGUCCUGACCUGCUGGCUGCCAGAAAAGUGGCAAAUCAUAUUGGAAGUGAACAUCAUGAAGUCCUCUUUAACUCUGAGGAGGGCAUUCAGGCCUUGGAUGAAGUCAUAUUUUCCUUGGAAACCUAUGACAUUACAACAGUUCGCGCAUCAGUGGGCAUGUAUUUAAUUUCCAAGUAUGUUCGGAAGAACACAGACAGUGUGGUGAUCUUCUCUGGAGAAGGAUCCGAUGAGCUGACGCAGGGCUACAUCUAUUUCCACAAGGCUCCUUCUGCGGAAGAGGCUGAGGAGGAGAGCCGGAGGCUGCUGAAGGAGCUGUAUCUGUUUGACGUUCUCCGAGCCGACCGGACGACUGCUGCCCACGGCCUUGAGCUGAGAGUUCCAUUUCUGGAUCACCGAUUUUCUUCCUAUUACUUGUCUCUGCCACCGGAAAUGAGAAUCCCAAAAGAUGGGGUAGAAAAGCACCUCCUGAGAGAGGCCUUUGAAGACUCCAAGCUGCUGCCCAGGGAAAUUCUCUGGCGACCCAAAGAGGCCUUCAGCGAUGGGAUCACCUCAGUCAAGAAUUCCUGGUUUCAGAUUUUACAGGAAUUUGUGGAACAUCAGGUUGAUGAUGCAAUGAUGGCAGCUGCAGCCCAGAAAUUUCCCUUCAAUACUCCAAAAACGAAAGAAGGCUAUUAUUACCGCCAGAUCUUUGAGCGGCACUACCCGGGCCGGGCUGGCUGGCUGAGCCACUACUGGAUGCCCAGGUGGAUCAAUGCCACCGACCCUUCGGCCCGCACUCUGACCCAUUACAAGUCAGCCACCAAAGCCUAGGUGCUUGCUCUGCACCCUGUGGAGGGCAGGCAAAUGCUCCUUGUUGCUGUCAUGGUGGGGAAGCUGUGGUUGGCUAGGGGACCAGUAGGAGGCGAUCUUUUAGGCUUAUUUUGGCUUGACAAAAAUAAAAGUCGUUCAUCUAAAA